CUACAACACAAAUGUCUACAAGAAAGAGGAAAGCCAAAGCUCAAUAUUUUGAUGAGAAGAAGAGGAACAAGAAGAACCGCUCUUUUGAAGAAGCUAAGGAGCCUUCAAAAGGACUUAUAGAGCCAAACCCUGCUGAGGAGCAGAAAUAUCCACAAGAUUUCUGAUCAAGUACUGUUCAUAUCUGCUCUUGGAAUGUGAAUGGGUUGAAAGCAAUCAUCGGUAGAAAUGAUCUCCAGAGCUUUAUUAAGGAAUACUCUCCAGAUGUACUUUGUCUCACUGAGACAAAGCUGUCGGAGGAAAGUAUCAAGAAGCUAAAGAUUAGGCACCAUAUUCCAUUGGAAUAUGAUUGCUAUUGGAAUUUCUCCAAGAAGAGAAAGGGAUACUCUGGCUCAGCAAUCUUAACCAAAGUUAAACCUCUGAAUGUUAUCUACGACCUUGGGAUUCCAAAUCACGACCAAGAAGGCAGGACUUUAACAUGUGAAUUUGAGAAAUUCUACGUGGUUACUACAUAUGUUCCAAAUUCUGGGAUAAAUAAGCUAGAGAGGUUCGAUUAUAGAGUGAAAGAAUGGGACCCUGAUUUUCAAGAUUUCAUUAAGAAUUUAGAAAAAAAUGGAAAACCUGUAGUUUUAGGAGGAGAUAUGAAUGUUGGUCAUCAAGAAAUAGAUGUCCAUAAUCCUAAAGGACAGAGUAAAAGUGCUGGGUUUACCCCACAAGAGAGGGAUAAUUUUACGAAAUUACUUGAUAGAGGAUUUAUAGAUACCUUUAGAUAUCUCCAUCCGAAAGUUCAACAGUUUACUUUUUGGUCCACAAUAACAGGAGCAAGAAAGACAGGAAAAGGAGGAAGACUAGAUUACUUUGUGAUAUCAAAGAGCUUAAUAGAGAAUUUAGAGAAAGCUGAGAUCUUGCAUAAGGUUAUGGGAAGUGACCAUUGUCCAAUUUCCGUUACUUUUAAUCUUGAGAAAUCUGGCGAAGAAGUAAAAUCAAAGGAGGAAGAGAAAUCUGCAGAUGAAUCAAAAUCCGAUAAACCAGAGAAAUCAUUAUGAAAAUUAUUACCAAUUGAGUUCAAAAAGCCAGAAGAAAAACCCCACCCCUCAAAAAUUCAACCAUCUAAACAAAUCACCUUUGCUGAGGAUGUUAAAUCAGAGUCUACCAUACCUACACUUGCUAAGCCCGAACUUUCAGAUCAGAAAUAAUCAGAAUUCAAUUUUAAA